GAUGAAGACAAUUAUUUGAGAAUUGAAGAGCAGCCAUAUAAAUGUAAUGAAGAUGUAGAGACCUGCAGUGAUUUCCAGUCCUUUCAGAAGCAUGAAAUGAGGAACACUGUAGAGAGAUCCAGUGAAUACAGGCAAAAUGAGGAGGAGACAUCUGUUCUUAGUGAAAAAAUUCACUCUGGGCAGAAAAUUUUUGUAGGUAACAAAAGUGUGAAAGCCCACACAACACCUAACAGUGUUCAAACCUCCAAGACAAACCACAAUUUGGGAAACUCCUAUGUACAAAAACACUAUGAGAAUAAUUCUAUUUCUUCAUCCAAUAUUGAAAAACCUGUUAGAAAAUAUGGUAGAGAGAAAUAUCAUAUAAUUGAAAAAUGUGCAAAAGUAUUAUCUCACAGUAAUUUCUUUAAAAAACAUAAGAAACUUCACACUGGAAAGCAACCAUAUGAAUGCAAGCAAUGUGGGACAGCAUUCAGUAGACUCAGUGGCUGUCAAAGUAAUAAAAACAUUCACACUGGGGAGAAAUCCUUUGCAUGCAACAAAUGUGGGGAAGCAUUCAGUACAGCCUCUACUUGUAAAGUACAUGAUAGAAUUCACACUGGGGAGAAAUCCUUUGUAUGUAAGCAAUGUGGGAAAUCUUUCCGUCAAAAUAGUGACCUUAUUACACAUGAAAGAAUUCACACUGGGGAGAAACACUUUGUAUGUAAGCAAUGUGGGAAAUCUUUCAAUCAAAAGCCUAGCCUUCUUAGACAUGAAAGAAUUCACACAGGGGAGAAAUCCUUUGCAUGCAACAAGUGUGGGAAAGCAUUCAGUACAGCCUCUGCUUGUAAAGUACAUGAUAGAAUUCACACUGGGGAGAAAUCCUUUGUAUGUAAGCAAUGUGGGAAAUCUUUCCGUCAAAAUAGUGACCUUAUUAAACAUGAAAUAAUUCACACUGGGGAGAAACCCUUUGUAUGUAAGCAAUGUGGGAAAGCUUUCAAUCAAAAGCGUAACCUUCUUAGACAUGAAAGAAUUCACACAGGGGAGAAAUCCUUUGCAUGCAACAAAUGCAGAAAAGCAUUCAGUACAGCCACUGGUUGUAAAGCACAUGAUAGAAUUCACACUGGGGAGAAACCCUUUGCCUGUAAACAAUGUGGGAAAUCUUUCAGACAAAAGAGUGACCUUAUUAAACAUGAAAGAAUUCACACUGGGGAGAAACCCUUUGCAUGCAACAAAUGUGGGAAAUCUUUCAAUCAAAAGCCUACCCUUCUUAUACAUGAAAGAAUUCACACAGGGGAUAAAACCUAUGUAUGCAACAAAUGUGGGAAAGCAUUCAGUACAUCCUCUGCUUGUAAAGCACAUGAUAGAAUUCACACUGGGGAGAAACCCUUUGUAUGUAAACAAUGUGGGAAAUCUUUCAGUCAAAACAGUGGCCUUAUUAAACAUGAAAGAAUUCACACUGGAGUGAAAACUGUUGCGUGCAACAAAUGUGGGAAAUCUUUCAAUCAAAAGCCUAACCUUCUUAUACAUGAAAGAAUUCACACAGGGCAUAAACCCUAUGUAUGCAACAAAUGUGGGAAAGCAUUCAGUACAUUCUCUGCUUGUAAAGUACAUGAUAGAAUUCACUCUGGGGAUAAACCCUUUGUAUGUAAGCAUUGUGGGAAAUCUUUCUAUAAAAAGACUAACCUUAUUAGACAUGAAAGAAUUCACACUGGGGAGAAACCCUUUGCAUGCAACAAAUGUGGGAAAGCAUUCAGUACAUCCUCUGCUUGUAAAGCACAUGAUAGAAUUCACACUGGGGAGAAACCCUUUGUAUGUAAACAAUGUGGGAAAUCUUUCAGUCAAAACAGUGGCCUUAUUAAACAUGAAAGAAUUCACACUGGAGUGAAAACUUUUGCGUGCAACAAAUGUGGGAAAUCUUUCAAUCAAAAGCCUAACCUUCUUAUACAUGAAAGAAUUCACACAGGGCAUAAACCCUAUGUAUGCAACAAAUGUGGGAAAGCAUUCAGUACAUUCUCUGCUUGUAAAGUACAUGAUAGAAUUCACUCUGGGGAUAAACCCUUUGUAUGUAAGCAUUGUGGGAAAUCUUUCAGUCAAAAGCCUAACCUUAUUAGACAUGAAAGAAUUCACACAAGGAAUAAACCCUAUGUAUGCAACAAAUGUGGGAAAGCAUUCAGCACAUCCUCUGCUUGUAAGGUACAUGAUAGAAUACACACUGGGGAGAAACCCUUUGUAUGUAAGCAAUGUGGGAAAUCUUUCUGUCAAAGCAGUCACCUUAUUAUUCAUGAAAGAACUCACACCCUAUAGAACAUCUUUGGUACAACCAAUAUACCAAAACAUUCAGUAAACAGAAGUGCUGAAAAUGAACCCUUUCCAUUGAUGUAAUUAAUUUGUGAUGUAUUUUAGCUAUAAUAGUAGCUUUUUUGUAUAGAAAAGAAUUCACUCUAUAAAAAAUCCCUAUCUAUAUGAGAAAUGAGUAAAUGGAUUUGUUUAUACAUUCUUACUUUAUAACAUCAAAUAUAUCACACUGGGAAAAAUCUUAUGAGCAUAAGGAAUAUGGGAAGACUUUCCAUACCAUUGAGAUUGCCACUACAUUUAAGAACUCCCUCUGUGUAGUAAUUCUAUGCAACUGAACAAUGGUAGAUCAUAUGUAGCACACAAAAAUGCCAUAGGGAAAUAUUGCACACAAGGAAGAUAUCAUAUAUAUGUAGGCAGUGUGGCAAAGAUUUGCUACAGUGCUCCCCUUUUGAAAACAUCA